AUGUUUUAUCUACUGUGGUGUACACACGGUGAUAUGGGAUUCUCGGAAAAUAUUGUUAUUUUAUUAAUUGCGCUAUGCUUUAAGCUACCACAGACGUAUACAAAACCGAGAUCUCUGACUAACAAUGGAAAAGUAAAUGUCUGUCACACACCAAAAACUUAUUAUACCGAGACAGAUUUGAAACAAUCUGAUAAAAAGUCAAUUUCCAAUAACGAAUUGUUACGAAAGACGUUCCAUUUCCGUGACAUUGAAUACCCUGUGGCGACAACACCUCGACCACAAUUUUACUUUCAUGAAUAUAAUGACAAUCAACAGUGGCGAAGAAAUUUCACGCGGAAUAGAAGUUCGUUAACAAGAAAUAGUAAUUCACAAUCCAUCAAAAAUGGUGCUGGGACUACAAACUACGAAGCAAAUGGAAAUAAAAUACAACGAUCUAUAGCUCCCAAAGAAGUAUCUAAUCACGAUUUUCUAAAAGCAGCAAAUUUCCCAGAAAUAGAAUAUCCCCUUAGCGCUAAAGAAACAUGGAGACCAAAUUACUGGCAGAUUGAUAUGAACACGAAUACUUUGAACAAAAUGCGUCACGAUCAGGAGAACAAGUUUACGAGAACAGGAGCUCAUUUCAAUGGACAUACUUCGUUUCCCACAAGGUCAUACAGCGACCCUGUCAAGAAUCAACAGCUAUUAAAACAGGUUAAAGAACACAAAGCCCAUGAAAACAACACCAAAACAGGCAACUCUCGACAUUAUGGAGACAUUAAUAUUAAGAGAGACGAAGACAAUUUACAUAAUAUUACAACUGAUAUUGGACCAACUUAUACAACACCAAUUCCGUAUUAUUUCACGCCUCUUGACUGUGAGGAUUAUAUCAAUACUGCUAUUUCCUCUGUCCAAGAGAACAAUGAUCAGAUAAGUACAUAUUUGUCCACCGUUUAUAAUCAAUCUUUGAACAAUGACUUCACUCCAACAAAAACUGACAACCAAUACAAUAUAGAUGCCCACAAUUUCCAAAUAAAUAACCAUGAGCAGUCUGACUAUAAUGAUAGAAGGGAACCAGAAAAAGAUACAUUUGUUUUAGAAGAUGACUAUACCACAGAUGCAGAUUUAGAAGAUGGAUCACUGAUUUAUAGUCUCGCAAGUACAGCAUCACCAUAUUUAGGUGUAAUCGAUUCAACGUGGAAGAAUUACGAAACUAUUGAACCAGAUAAAUGUUAUAUAGACGACCUGAGCGAAUAUUUUAUAUCUGUAUAA